AUGAACAAAAUCAGAGGGGAACACCUCAAGUACCUUCCUUCUCGGGAGUUAAAGACGUGCGCAGGUGUCAAUUAUGGCGGCGAAGUGUGCUGUUCGGCCGAUAUGGAGGUGAGACUUCAAGCCCGCGCUCGCGAGAAGCAUGACAAGGCCACCAGAGAUACUCUUCAUCGUCUGCAGCAGCUCUUGGAGACGAGGGGCACUCAAUUUCACAGUUUUUUUAAGGACCUCUUGGCCACUAGCAAGAAAGGAUUCCACGAGAUGUUUAAGAAAACUUAUGGCAUUCUCUACGAGCAGAACUCAUCUGUCUUCACGGACCUAUUUAAGGAACUGGAGAAUUAUUACGCCAAGGGAACGGUCGAUCUUGUUGAAACAAUGGAUAAUUUCUUCAACACGCUUUAUCAGAAAAUGUUCACCGUACUCAACAGCCAGUACAAAUUCGACAGCAAGUAUUUAGAAUGUGUAGGCAAUAAUAUGAAGGACAUGAGACCUUUUGGAGAUGUGCCUCAAAAGCUCAGUGUCCAAAUCAAGAGGUCUUUUGUCGCCACGCGAGCUUUUAGUCAAGCAUUAACCGUGGCAGCUGAUGUUCUUAAGAACAUGCAGUCGCUUAAACCAUCUAUUGAAUGCGCAGCUGCUUUAACGAGAAUGACGGCAUGUUCCGCCUGUAUUGGCAUUCCUGGUAAUGUUCUAGCAUGUGGUGACAUGUGUUCAAAUGUAAUGAAAGGAUGUUUGGCCCACCACGCAGCUCUCGAUAGCGAAUGGAAUCACUUUGUCGAAGCAGUUGAUAAAGUGGCCGACCGUCUACUGGGACCAUUCAACAUCGAGAUGUUAGUUCGACCAAUCAACCUGAAAAUUUCCGAGGCAAUAAUGAAUUUCCAAGAAAACAGUCAAGAUGUAUCUCAACGAGUCUUUACGGGCUGCGGUCGUCCAGUCCUGGGUAGACGAAAACGACGUGAUAAUAGAGAAGUGCCGUUGGAAUCAUUAAACUUCGAUGAAGAUUUACCAACCGAUGACCGUUCGCCAACGACAGCUAUGUUAGACCAGCUGGUCAAGGAAAUUCGAAAAACGGUCGGCGAUUCCAGGCAGUUUUGGGUUUAUUUACCAUAUCAACUUUGUAACAACGGCUUGACAGUGCCUCCAAGUAACACGAAAGAAUGUUGGAAUGGAACUCGUGUAGACAAAUAUAUGUACUCAGUAUCCGCCAAUGGUGAAACGCAAACGCUUAAUCCAGAAGUACAUGGAGGUGGACCGAGGCCAACUGUUGUUCGGGACCAAAUAUUUGCCUUAAGUACCAUUACUAACAGGCUUCGAUCUGCUUUCAAUGGCCAAGAUGUUGACUGGAUAGAUACAGAGGAAACGUGGUACGGUUCUGGAAGUGGAUCCGGUGAGGGAACCGACGAAGGUCCAAUAACAGACGACGAGGACGGCUUCACCGAGGGUGGUUCGGGUUAUAAACCAAAUCAUUCGAUCCCGGAACAACCUAAACAGGUUCCACCGUCGGUCCACGAAGACACAAUUCCACCAAGAGUGGACAUAGAACCAAAGAACACCUCCGGGAACAAAACAAUGGUUGACAGCGGUGCGCCAAGGCCGCAAAUGUCGUUGACGAGGGCGUUAACAACUUAUCUCUUCCCCAUAGCGGUUAUGUGGUUCGGUGGUUGUCUUACAGAAUGGCUGUGAUCUGGCAAUUUCGUAAUGUGUAAUGUGUAAAUAUUUUCGAAUACGUUCUAUUCCUGAUCUGACUGACAGCGUGGACCUCGUUGAAUACAUCCGAGGCGAUCCAAAGCGAGUCUUCCCCAUAUAAUGAAGGGAGGAAGGAAUAAUAGACUUCUAUGAAGAACAUUGUUAGUCUUUGAAUAUUUUGUAGAGUUGGCAGGGAUGGAAGCCGUAUAUAGGACUGCUAAUAUAAAGAUUUUCUAAAAAAAAAAUCACGUGAGCGCUAGUAUGGUGAGAAUUGUAAAAUAGUAGGGGUAUGAUGAAGUUACAAAAUUGUGACUGAGGAAGAGUGAACUCCUAAGGUGGACAGUGUUCAAGCAGUAGGCUAAACACCUUCCUGCGGCGAGUACGUGGAUAGGUACUUGUUCGAUUUAUCAAUCGGAAAAAAAUAUUCGAAUCGUGGGACUCUAGUUAUAUUUUCGGUAACCUAUCAAUUAGAUUAAGGGUUUGCACAUUUUUUUCUACUUCCUAUUGUACACUAGUGGACACGAAUGCCUCCCUUACGUGUAUGAUGCUACCAGUGUAUAAAGAGAAGUCAUUCAUGCCCGUCAUUGUGCAAUAAUGACAUUUUCCUUACAUGUUCGUGAUUAUUGUACGAAUGUGUAAUAAUUAGAAUUCGUAACGAUUCAAAAAGUCGAACGGUGCCACAUCGGUAUAUGUAUUUUUUUCUACUAGAUAAUAGCAAAUAUUGGUGCAAUGCUCCUUUUAGAUUUAUAUGUAGUCACGUUUGCGAUAAUUACAAGACAGUGGUUGCCUCAAAGAUUUCCAAAAUAAUGGCUCGAUUUAAGAACCUGGGGGUAGUGGCUGCAUUAGGAAACUACAAGAAGUGUGCUAUCAUUACUCGAACUGACGACACAAUUGCAAGGUUCUAUGGAAAUAUUUCUUUAUUUAUGUGAAUGUAAUGUUAGGAUGUGCGUAAUGAAUGCGUAACUAGUAACUGGAUAGGAAAACUAAAGAAUUGAAGUUGUGGUCGUAGCUGUAUCAACGAAAAUCAGUAAAAAAGGAGUGAUAGAAACAAGUUCUACCAUGCCCUUCCUUGUACAACAUGCUCUUCACUAGUAUGUAAAGAUUAUGACAAGCAAGCAUAUAAAUACUUGUGAUUCCGAAUAUCCAAUCCAAAUGCAAUGCAAUUAUUUGUACAAGAAAAAGGAUAGCACAAUUAUUCAUAUAGCAAAAGGAACGAACAAAAGAAAUAUAUAAAAUUAAAUAAGAGAGAAAUGAGACACCCUGUACGAACGUUUAAGGAAAAGUAAGAAUUUAAAGAAUACUAUUACAAUAUUGUUUUAUUUAAUUAAAAAGACUAAAAAAGGCAUUUCAUUUUUCUAAGUGUAAUUAUGCGGAAAGUAUCGGACUACGUAAGGAAUAAACGGAACAAGAGUAAACCGAAUCUACUUAGUUUGGACAUUUAACGUUUUUUUAAUGUCAAGUCAGUGUAGUUCCUUUCUUCCAUUAACUGUUUUCUCGAAUAUGCCCAGCAUCCAUAUUCAGCUUGUUAAACUAUAAUCAACAGUUGAAGAACUGAAGAAAACCUUGUAGCGUCAAGAAAUGAUUCAGUCUCGAUGCUGGGCAAUUCUGGAUUUCAUUCUUGUUCUCGGAAUGAACUCAAUUUAUUCCGACUCGUAAUUUCGACUGCAAUACUUUCCGAGGCUUCCUCCCGCCAUAUCUGCGUACCGUGCUUCUUUAGCAAUUAGGUCCGACAUGUCGAUAAGUUAGGAGAAAUGAGCUCCUGUGAUAAGAGGUGAAGAAAUCGCAUGGCUUCAAUUAAAUGAACUGUUUCAGAUAAAUUCUGUGUCGGUUUGAUCGACGAACAAUUUGAGCCUGCGGUGAGAGACGUUUUACAAAUCUAGUGAAAUAUNAAAU